AUGCAAUCAUCAACAACAAAUAUCAAUCGUGGACAUAUUCCUCCUAAAUUAAGUGUCUUCGUUUUUGGACAUAACGAUGAUGAUGAUGAUGAUCCAAAAAGUGUCAAAAAAUUUCCUGAAUACGACCAUGAAGUAAUUGAAAACAGUUUCAGUAUUGAUAGUGACAACGACGAUGACGACAAUCUUAUCCUUUCAGCUUUAUCAACGAUUGAAGAAAAUAUUAAUGAGACUGAUAAUAAUAGUGAUGUUCAACAUCAAAAUAUUAAUAACAGUCAUUGUCGACAAACGGAUAAGCAGUCACCUCGACAAAGUAUUAACUAUGAUGGUAAGAGAAUAAAUUCUAAUAAAUAA